AUGGACAGAAAAUGGAUGGAGAAACAUCUUCUUCUCUCAGAGUCUCUGUUGAAGAUGGUCCAAAGCUUCCUCUCUGUGUCAGUGAGUCCCUCUGCUGAGAUAGUGGAGGGCAAUUCAGUGACUCUGACCUGUAGCAGUGAUGCUAACCCAGCAGCUAACUACACCUGGUACAAGGAGAAUGAAGACAACCCUCUCAGUGAAGGACCACAGCUCGUCUUCAGCUCCAUCCAGUCCUCUGACUCUGGACAGUAUUUCUGUACAGCUGAGAACAUGUUGGGCAGGAGGACAUCUAGAUCCAUCUCUAUUGAUGUGAAAUAUGGUCCAAAGCUUACCUCUGUGUCAGUGAGUCCCUCUGCUGAGAUAGUGGAGGGCAGUUCAGUGACUCUGACCUGUAGCAGUGAUGCUAACCCAGCAGCUAACUACACCUGGUACAAGGAGAAUGUAUACAACCCUCUCAGUGAAGGACCACAGCUCGUCUUCAGCUCCAUCCAGUCCUCUGACUCUGGACAGUAUUUCUGUACAGCUGAGAACAUGUUGGGCAGGAGGACAUCUAGAUCCAUCUCUAUUGAUGUGAAAUAUGGUCCAAAGCUUCCCUCUGUGUCAGUGAGUCCCUCUGCUGAGAUAGUGGAGGGCAGUUCAGUGACUCUGACCUGUAGCAGUGAUGCUAACCCAGCAGCUAACUACACCUGGUACAAGGAGAAUGAAGACUCACCAAAAGCAUCAGGACAGAUCUUCACCAUCACUGAUGUUAGACCUGAACACAGUGGGAAUUAUUACUGUGAAGCCCAGAACAGCAGAGGACGUCAGAACUCCACCUUACAUCUGAUUGUUGGAGCAGGGAAUUCAACAACAAUAAUGCAUAUCAUCUGGCCGACUGUGGUGGUCCUGAUACUGAUUCCUCUGCUGCUCCUGGGUCUAUGGGCGAGUUGGACUCAAUUCAGGAAGAAGAAAACUCUGAGCUCCACCACUAAACCACAUGAGCCUGUAGAGCUAGAGUUAGACUCUUGUCCUGACUAUGAGAACAUCUCAGACACUGCAGCAAAGACAGAAGACCCAGAGGAGCAGGAAGACCUGUUAGACUCUUGUCCUGACUAUGAGAACAUCUCAGACACUGCAGCAAAGACAGAAGACCCAGAGGAGCAGGAAGACCUGUCAGACUCUUGUCCUGUGUAUGGGAACAUCUGAGAAGAUGAGAUAUGAGAAAUAUCCCUGUGGAGAGCGAGGCUAUGGAGGACGCAUGAACCUUCAACUCCAGAAGAUUUUAUUGUCAAUUUUCAGUAGCAGCAGCAGAUAGGAGUUAGCAGCAGCAUGUAGCAGAACAUUUAGAAGAAUGUGGUGAUGGCAGCUUGAUCUGAAUCAUGUCGAGAUGUCAAACAUCAUUUAUUUUUCAGAUCAUCUGACGGUCAGAUGACCUGUCCCGGCUGACUUUUAUUUUUAUUUUAAUCAGCUUUUUUAUAAUGUUUUUUUUUGUGUUGGUACUUUUACAUGAGGUAAACAGAGAAUAUUGUUGAUUUAAUUCAGAACUGUUCCCUCCUCACUCUGUGAAAACAUAUUACGGUUUAAUCUGUUCUAAAGAUGACCCUGGUUGUAGAA